AUGUCGAAGAAGAGUCAGAGCCAUAGUCAAAGUCAGACUCAGUCUCAGGGCGAAGUCCGUCUCAAAAAGAAUGCAUUUGUUCACAAGUUGUACACCAUGUUGAGUGACCCUAGUCUAGACAAUUUAAUAUGGUGGAGUGGGAACAACCCUGAAAAUAAUACGUUUGCACUAUACCCUGGCAAGGAGUUUGCCGACGUCUUGACGCGAUACUUCAAGCACGGCAAUGUAGCCAGUUUUGUUCGACAAUUGCACAUGUAUGGCUUCCACAAGGUGAGUGAUGCUCACCAUCACCAUCAUCAACAGUUGCAGAAUCAACUCAAAUAUAAUCCCAUGAAUAUUGCCGGAUUUAAUGGUGGAUCCUUGGAACAUUCAAUAGCUUCAAGUUUUAAACCACCAGCAGCAGCACCUGUGGGCUAUUUUGCUGCAGACGACUCGGCAAAUACAGGAGCAGGAGGGGACAGUGUUGAUAAAGAAACUCCACCAAUAUGGGAAUUUAAACACCUGAGUGGCAAAUUUAGAAAGGGGGACGAAAGCUCGCUAAUUUAUAUCAAACGAAGGUCGAGUUCAAAUAGUAAUUCACGAAACAACAGCUACAGUAACGAGAAACAGUACCAACGAGGGGACAGCCUAGUGGAACAACAGCAACAACAUCAGCUACUACAGCAGCAAUCACAACCACAAACGUAUAUGCCAGAACAUUACAACUUCCAAGUUCAUCAAUUUCAAAUGCAGCAACAGACUGAACAACAACAACUCCAACACAAUUUCGCUCCUCAAAUACACGGAAACCAUGUCUAUACAAGUCAAAACUUUCAUAAUAAUUCAGUGUAUAUGCCAAGUCAGCAGCCGCAACAACAACAACAGCCAUCAGCCAUAUAUGACCCAAAUACACAGCAGUUUCAUCCAGUUCAGCAACAGGGCUUUUUUUACUAUCAAGGACAACAACCUUAUUUACAGCAGCAGCCGCAGCCGCAGCCGCAGCAGCAACAAUCACAACCUUAUGGGUACUUCAACACUAUGCAACCAAUUCCUGUCCAUGUGCAACAGGACCACCAGCAGCAACAACAUCAUCAACAACCACAACCACAACCACAACCCCAAUACCCAGGUCAGCCAUUUUCGAAUCAAGGAUUCAAAAUGGAGUAUAAGCUUCAGGAUUUGGGAACAAAAACAAGAACCCCACCUCCUUCUUCAUCUACAAAGUAUCCACCAUCGCAAAGGUAUACAUCAGUUGCUUAUCCUCCAGAGCAAGUACAGCCUCAGUCGGCUUAUUAUCAAGAGCAACAACAAUACACAGACAUUUCGCCAGCAUCAAGUAAACACUUGACCUCCAAUGAGGAACUGUUUCCACACAAAUCACAGCAACAAGUGAAGAAAGAAUUUUCACAACAGAAGGAGCAGCCGCAAUGGUUACCACGUUCAACUUCUCCUCCUCAAACUACGCAACCACUGAAGCCAGAAGGUGACGUUGGAACCCGCACCAAAGGUGGAGCUGAAACAGAAACUGAAGGUGAAGCAGCCCCUCUGGCGGCAACCCCUUCAGUGGAACUGUUUGCUCCUAAUCUUCAUUUUAGAAAAGUGUGGGAUGACCAUCAUGGUUCACGUCAGAGAAACCCUUCGUUGUUAUGCGACCCUUUGGCCUCAGUGCCACAACCAUUUUCAACAUCGUCAUCAACAAUGGGAAGGGAAGGAGUUGUGGGUACCUCGGUGACUCCGCCAAUUGGAGGCUUGGCUAAUACUAGAGGUAUUUCCCCAUCGUCAACAGUGGGCCACCGAUUAUCUAUUCAGAGAAGUUUUUCUUCAAACACUAUUAACUCACGACAAUCAGUUACUUUGCCACCACCUUCAUCUAUUCACCGUCCAAGUUCGUUACUUGCCAAUUCAAGUUUUUCAUCACAGUCGACAAUAUUGCAGUCGCCGUUGCCUUCUGCUAGAAAUGAGUCUUUGGCUUCCACCAUUACCCCAAUUGUGGCACCUAUUCCUCAUCGGAAUAGCAUUACUAGCACCACCACCAACAAUAACAACAACAAUAAUAAUAAUGACAAUGAUAACAAAUCAGCUGGGCCCACUGCAAAUUCUGGAGUUGAAGGAUCUGCUGCGCCAACCUACUCCUUGCCCUUGACACCAAUUGGCAAGGUGAGACCUGCAUCAGAGAAUCAACAUCAAACGAGUUUGGAGUCUCAUGUGCAAUCGCGCUCACUUCCAGGAUCUGCUUCGGGAGGAAGUUCAAGUACGAGGAUGGGCCCACCAAUUCCACCCACCAAGAUUCCUUCCAUAUCCAGCUCGUUGCUGGAUCGAUUACGUCCCUCGGUGUUUGAAAUCCAUGCCAUGAAUAAGCGGGACACAUUGGGCUCCAUUAGUGGAUCAGUAGGUGGGGUUGUCGGUGGCGGUGGCGGUGGCGGUGGCAGUGGCCCCAAUAGUGCACCAGGAAGUAUAUCAGCUAGCGGUGUUGGUAAUGGAGGGUCGGGCUCAGGAUCUAUUGGAUCGCAUUCGACGAUGCUGAUUUUUUCAAACAAGUCAUCGUCUAUUUCAUCUACUCAAUCAUCAUUCUCGUAUCCUUUUCAACGUACAUCGUCAUUUGGCGGAUCAAUAUCAUUUGCAACAAAGAGUUCAAUAUCUAUUGCACCACAUGAAGUUGAAGCAGAUGAGGCGAGUGGUAAAUUGAGACCAGCCACUCCUCAAUCCCCGGGACACUUUGAAGGACAGUCACUGACAGUAGCAAUGACAACAAAUAAUGCAUCUAUGAGUGCUACAUCAGAAGAUAAUGGAGCAGGAGGAGCAGGAGGAGCAGGAGAUGCAACAGGCAUUGCUUCAACGAUAUUGAAACGAACCCUGCUGCUGAGACCAACCACGCCCGUAAUUGGGCACGGACCAACAAUGCAUAAUCCAAGAUCAAGCUCACCUUUAUCGAAAAGCAGCCAUCACUACCACCAUCAUCACCAUCAACAUCAUCAUGAAAACAGUGGAGCCGUUUCGAAACCACCCUUGAAUAAGAAAGUUAGUGUUACUUCGUUGCUUGAUGACUCAGCCACAAACGCCAAGGCAUUGCCCAAAUUCUCACAAGCUGUGGCUCAUGCCAUUGCCAGAUCUAGAUCUACGUCUCCAACUACUGUGCGAGCUCCUCCAUCCCCGCUGCAAGGGCCGCCAGUGUCGCUGUCUUCAUCGAGCGUAAGUGCAAACGCAAACGCAAGCUCAAACGCAAGCUCAAACGCAAGCUCAAAUGCUCCUACGUUUACCUCGCCUUACAAGACACCAAUUGGAUCAAAUAAACCAAGUGGGAUUACAUCGGGACACAUUGGUGCUGAUGUGUCUAGCACUAUGGGGUUGGAAUCUAAGCAGCCGCUCUAUAUGUCGUCGCUGAUUCGAGAGGAGAAGAAUUCACAUUCGUCGUCGUCUAGUAGCGAAGACAAUGGUAAUAAUGCGAGUCGGAUUACUGCUGAAUGGGGGACAAAACGUGUUUACAAAGAAUGGAUGUUAAGAGGUGUGAGUUUACAAGAAGAAGAAGAAGAAGAAGAAGAAGAUGAUGAUGAUGUUGAGGUAUAUGUCGUUAUAUCUCGAUUCAAAUUCGAAGUUUUUAUUUCAAAUAUCAUCAGUUUUACUUAUUUCAGUUUUACUUAUUUCAGUUUUAUUUUAUUUUAUUUUUCAUGUGUAUAUGUGUGUUUUAAUAUAGAGAGUAAUUUUUGCUAUACCCAAGCAUGCAUUUGA